AGUGCGGUACGAGUUUCUGCAUGGGCCUCAUUAUAUUUGUAGAAGAUACUAUUGAUGAAUUAAAGAAACUAAUUGCUACGAAAAGAGUCACAUUACCACCAAGAAAUAUAAGAGAAUCAGCAACAGAAACUGAUGCAGAAGAUAAUUUUACUGCAAAAAAGAAAGAAAAAUCGGAAGAAAUAAGGGAAGUGUUAAAACAAAAAAUUAAUGAUCUUGAAAAAAUAACAAUCAACGAAAUUAAUCAAGAAAAUCGAUCAAUAGGAAAUAAAAACAGAAAAUCAAACCAACAAUGCAUUUCAAAGGAUAAAUCUGAAAAAAAUGAAACAAAACGUACGACCGAAUGUAACAUUUUAUUACAUUAUAAUCUUGAAAAGGAAAACAAAACCUUGAAAUUACAAAUACUAGAAAAGAAUAGUAAAAUUGAUGAACAGUCAACACAGAUAAGAGAAUUAUCUACAUUGAAUAUUGAACUUCAAAAAAAUAUUAUUUCAUAUUUUGAUGAAUUUAAAGUAACUGCAGACAAAUUUGAGGAAGUAAAAAGCCGUGAAGGCACAGCGACACCUCCUGUAGGAUUUAUUCGAAAAACCGAUAAUACUAUACACUUGGGCAGGAACGUAUGGCUGUCCAAAUUAACAUACGAUGCUGCAUUUUUCAAUGCAAGGACAAAUCAAAUGAUAGUAAAAAAUCUGGCGGUUGCAGUCUUCGGGUUGAAAGUUCUACAAGAGUCUAGUGUGACUGGAAUGAAAUGCAAUAAAUACAAAGAUCGAAAGCCAAAGCCAAAAUUAAAUGAAACAAAGAUUCUCGCUAUUCAAGAUAUUUUUCAAUAUUGGCUAAGUAAAAUUAAAAAAUGUUCUGAAGUUGAAGUCCAAGUAGAAUGCAGCAAAGUACCUUUAUAUAUUGCACGUAAAAUAAGCGAUUUGAACAGACCAGCAAAAAGUAGUAAAAUAGAAGAGAUAAUCGACAUUGAAUUGAAGUCAUCCAAUAAUAUAAAAGAUGUUAGCAAGAAAAGAAAGUUUGAACAACUUGAUGAAACGACUGAUAAUGAAUCAGUAUCUGAUUCAUCUGACUCCCAGAAAGAUUAUAAUCAAGACUGCAAUCAGAGUAACAUAGCAAGUGACAAAAAAGAGACAACCGAUAAUGUAUUAUCAGUAUCUGACUCACAAAAAGAUUGGGACGAUGAAGGAAAAACGACAAGUGAUAAAGAAGACAUUCCCAACAACAAAAACUUUUCUGACGAUAUGAAGGAUUCGAUUCUUUUGGAGAGGAAGUAAAUUUUUUUAUGACAACAAUAGAUACAUGUUUUUUAUAAUUAUUUAUUACAUUAAUACCCUUAAGUUUUUAUAAAAUAUUAAUAAAAAGUUUAAAAACAGAUAAAGGAAUAAUUUAGAAAUUAUGAUAUAUUAUCACGUUGUAGAUCCUUGAAAUUCCAAAAAUUAGUAAGGUAUAUUUUUGCAGUAAGAAAGGAAUAAUAUACAUACGUACGCGUUUAGCAAAAAAUAGUAUUAAAAAUUACAGAUUGCAAAGGAUCUAUAUAUGCAAAAACGGAAAGAAUUAAGGUAUAUAAUCGAUUUUUAACAAAGUGAUCUGAAUGUAUGUAUGUAGACGUAUAACGAUACGUUUUUUUAGUUAAACUAAUUUAGAGUUUAUUUUUCUCCUUCUAGUACGAAGGAAAAAAGAUAAACUAGUGCAAUCAAUUAAAAAAUCUUUUUUUGUUCUAUCUCCGCACGUACACGUUUUUGUAUUCGUUCACUUUACAGCAUUUAUAACUGGAUGUUUUGAAUUUUUGUAUAGUGCAUACAGAAACGGAUAGUUACAUCACCGUAUAGAAUUCCGUUGGAUACUGUUCGCGCCUCGGCGACGAGUUCGCUAGUGCCCCUGAGAUGGUAAGCAGAGAGAACGUUCGUAGAACAGGUGUUAAAUAAGAAAACGCACUGCAAUUACGUGUCACAUGGACUCAUCAUGAUGUCCGAGUCGUACGUCAAAAACAGAUAGUUACAUCAGCGCACAGAUUCGGAUAGUUCCGUUACAGAUCAGUUAGAUGCAGUUAGCUUUCUAUCCGUUUUUGCGUAUAUAAUCCCAUACAAUCUGCAACAUUUUUCAUCCGUUUCUAUCUGUAAAUACAGAAAAAAACCGCAUAAAAAACAGUCAAAAAGCUAUAUCAGCGCACAGAUUCGGAUAGUUCCGUUACAGAUCAGUUAGAUGCAGUUAGCUUUCUAUCCGUUUUUGCGUAUAUAAUCCCAUACAAUCUGCAACAUUUUUCAUCCGUUUCUAUCUGUAAAUACAGAAAAAACCGCAUAAAAAACAGUCAGAAACGGAUAGCUAUAUCAGCGCACAGAUUCGGAUAGUUCCGUUACAGAUCAGUUAGAUGCAGUUAGCUUUCUAUCCGUUUUUGCGUAUAUAAUCCCAUACAAUCUGCAACAUUUUUCAUCCGUUUCUAUCUGUAAAUACAGAAAAAAACCGCAUAAAAAACAGUCAGAAACGGAUAGCUAUAUCAGCGCACAGAUUCGGAUAGUUCCGUUACAGAUCAGUUAGAUGCAGUUAGCUUUCUAUCCGUUUUUGCGUAUAUAAUCCCAUACAAUCUGCAACAUUUUUCAUCCGUUUCUAUCUGUAAAUACAGAAAAAACCGCAUAAAAAACAGUCAGAAACGGAUAGCUAUAUCAGCGCACAGAUUCGGAUAGUUCCGUUACAGAUCAGUUAGAUGCAGUUAGCUUUCUAUCCAUUUUUGCGUAUAUAAUCCCAUACAAUCUGCAACAUUUUUUAUCCGUUUCUAUCUGUAAAUGCAGGGAAAGAAACGCAUAGUAAAACAGUUACAAACGGAUAGGAUACAUUUUUUAUCCGUUUCUAAUGGAAUUUUUACCAGGGACCUCCAAAACGAUCAGGACUGGAUGACAGCUUUACCAACAGUACUUUUAGGUUUACGCACAGCUUUCAAAGACGAUUUAAAAUGUUCUACAGCAGAGCUACUAUAUGGAACAACGUUAAGAGUUCCAGGAGAAUUUUUUGAAGACCCGGAGCAGCCAGUUAAGCCCGAAAUCUUCGUCCAAGAACUAAGAGAAAGAAUUAGAAAAAUUCGAGCCAAACCAGUCGCACAUCACUGUUCUCCAAAACCGUUUGUACACCAGGAUCUAAAAAUAGCAACACAUGUUUUUCUUAGAGAUGAUACAGUAAGACGCCCCAUACAACCACCUUACCAAGGACCGUAUGAAGUAUUGGCUAAAAUUAAUGAAAAAUUAUAUACUGUUCUAGUUAACGGAAGACCAUGCAAUAUUUCAACAGAAAGACUAAAACCGGCAUAUCUACCUACCGAGGAAACCGAAAACGCAACAAAUUUGACAGACGCUGCACCACCACCACCAAUUCGUACUUACACAUCUGCAAAAAAGACGAAUAAACGAGUAACAUUCCAAGAAAAUUAGGAGGGAGUGUUGUGGCGUUGCAGCGCUCAAUCAACUUGUCCACGGGCCUGAUUGGCCAAGGCGAAAUCCCCCUAGAAAGAGUAUAGAUAGAGUAGCUAGUCUUGAGUUUCAGUAGUAGGUUUUAAGUAAGGCGAGUUAAAAGAAAUCUUCUGUAACAAUAUUCACGAAUAAAGUAAGAAGUAAAGUGUUUUAU